CAUGUGAGCUAAGUUUGGAUGGAGAGGAAAUUAGGCUGUCGGUUGUCAAAGUUGGCGGUGUCAAGGAAGAGAUGAGAUCAUCAGUAUACAAACUUCCCUUAAUCGAUGAAUCAGGGGAGACUGUCAACUUCCGCGUUUAUGGAAUUGAUCGGAUAUCCUCCCCUAUGGAGGGAAUUAACCUCAACGGCGUGAUGCAUCUGUUCCAAAACAUAAACAAGCAGGAGAUUCAGCGACCAAAUGGGGAAAUAGAUGUGUUGAUUGGUUAUGAGUAUGCAGGUUAUCAUCCUGAGCGGGAGCAAUCUUCUGGGCAUUUACUUCUGUUGAAAAACCGAUUCGGUCGUUGUCUGGGUGGGUCUCACACCAGUAUGGCAGAGAACACACUUAAGCUUAUCCAGCAUGCUACAGUUCACCAUGUUGCGAGGAUAAACAUUGAAAUUUUUUUCGAUACUGAAUCUCUAGGCGUUGAAUGUUCCCCGAGAUGUGGAAGUUGUCACUGUGGACGGUGCCCAAUUGGUGGGAAAAGCUUCACAUUGAAGAAGGAGCGGGAAUUAAAUUUGAUUGAGGAAGGAUUGACACAUGAAGGCGAUCAUUGGGUUGCGCGAUACCCUUGGAUUAGGAGCCCGGAUGAUCUGCCAAACAACAAAGAAGCAGCUUUGAUAAUGCUUGGGUCUACAGAAAAGAGGUUGCAGAAGAACAAACCGCUUCUGGAAACGUACAAGGAGCAGAUUCAGGAUAUGGUACAGCGAGGUGUUGCAAGGAAACUCACACAAGCAGAAAUUGAAAACUAUGACGGCCCAGUAUAUUACCUAAGCCACCACGAGGUGCUUAAACCAGAAUCCACAUCCACGCCUUGUCGAAUAGUCUUCAAUUCGUCAGCGAAGUUUCAGGGACAUUCACUAAAUAACUACUGGGCUAAGGGACCAGAUCUUAUGAACAACCUGCUCGGCAUACUCGUGAGAUUUAGAGAAGGCCCAGUGGCAUUUGUCGGCGAUAUACGGAAGAUGUACCACGCCAUAAAGAUAUCAGUUCUUGAUCAGCACACUCAUAGAUUUCUUUGGCGCGACGUGUCGCAGGAUAGUGGGACAAGUACAUAUGUCAUGACGUCCGUAUCGUUCGGUGACAAACCUGCGGGAAAUAUCGCCACAGUUGCUCUACGCAAAACAGCGGAAAUGCAAAAAGAUGAUCUUCCGAAUGCAUCAGAUACCAUCCUCAACAACACUUAUGUUGACGACAUUGCAGAUAGUGUGGAGACUAUGGUAACAGCACGAGAGACAAGCGGUCAAAUUGACGAUUUGGUCAAGGUUGGUGGAUUCCAAAUCAAGCAUUGGAUCUAUUCAUCAGAGAAUGUGAACGAUGACAGCGCAAAUAGAUCACUGGGAAGCAAGUCGGUAUGCGAGAAGCAGAUACAAAAUACUGGGACAGCAUGCUCUGAAGGGGAUGAACAGAAAGUUCUUGGUGUACGCUGGGAUUCAAAUAGGGACGAAUUUUGUUUCAAAACGCAACUUAACUUUACCCCAAAGAUUAAGAAACUACGAAGUGGACCAAAUCUCACUCAAGAACAAGUUCCAGCGCUUAUUCCGCCCAUACUAACGAAACGGAUGGUGUUGUCGCAGAUUAACGGAAUAUACGAUCCACUUGGACUCGCAGCCCCAUUCACCCUGAGGGCAAAGAUACUUAUGAGAAAAUUGUGGAUAGGAGAAUCGAAAGACCUGACCUGGGACGAUCCAAUCCCCGCCUCGUUAAGAGAAGAGUGGUUGCGAUUUUUCAUUGAACUUUUCAACAUGGAAAAGGUCACGUUUAGAAGGUGCGUGAAACCAGUCGGUGCUGUUGGCAACCCAGCCCUCGUGAUGUUCAGUGAUGGAUCAGACCAGGCAUAUGGUACAUGUGCAUAUGUAAGAUGGCAGCUUGAAAAUGGGACUUUUGGUGCCAAUCUUCUAGCAGCAAAGAGCAGGGUCACACCAAUUCGAAAGACGACAAUCGUUAGAACGGAGUUGAACGAAGCGUUGCUUUCGAAAAGGCUUAGUGCUUUUAUCAAGAAAGAAUAUCGCCUCAUUUUCGAGAAAGAAUAUUUUUUCGUGGACUCGGAGAUAGUUAGAGCAAUGAUUCAGAAAGAUUCGUACGGAUUCAACACCUAUGCAGCCGUGCGAAUUGGCGAGGAUUCAAGAAGGAACUUCUCCAAGUGA